AUGUUCGUUUCCAGACUUGUCUCAAUAUACCAUCCAAAGCCGCAAGCACCGGCCCGCAAGUUCUCGACUUGCAAAAUGCAAGAGAUCGACAAGUUUGCGCCAAAGAUCAAUUGCCAGAAAGCUGGCACCUUCUCGUACGACACUGCCGUUGAGCGUUGGCCGAAGAUUCUGACCAAAAUCGUCGACCAUUUCCACCGAAAGCGCCAGUCUUUGAUGCGAGAGUAUGGACAGGGCGCCGAUGAGGACGUGAAACGUGUCGUCGCCAAUUUGUCAGAGAUGCGCUAUCGCCUGAGUACCGACAAGCCGAUCACCAAAAUUGAAGAUGAUCUCAUCGAAGAUGCCGCAGUUUGGAACGAUCUUAUUGAUGAGCAGAGGGAGCAGAAGGGUGAUGAUUUCACCUGGUUCAAAGGCGACUGGCUGUUCGUUGAAUGCUACAUGUAUCGGAAGAUCUACAGCGGCACUCAGCAGACGGCUUUUCUCAAGAAAUAUGAUUACUUUGCUGAGCAGAAGAAAGAGAGCCUGGAGGACCACGUCGAACAGACGAUCGAAUUGCUGAAGCACCUUCGCGAGAGAGUUGAAGCGAAGGAGACGCGUGAAGCUGUUUUGGAAGAAGAUUUGAAGACGAUCCUCAAGAUUUCCUUGUGGGGCAAUAAGGCCGAUCUGUCGCUGUCCGGCGGAGAGAAAUCGCAACAGGCGAAAUCCCCUGUCGAGGCCGCAACUUCGCGUGACAAUUACAUUUUGGCAAACGACCUCGAUGUGGUUGUUAAGGCUCUCUUGCACCUUGGUGGAAGUCGCCAAGUUGAUAUUGUGCUCGACAAUGCUGGUUUUGAGCUUAUCGGUGAUUUGAUGCUCGGCGAAUACCUUCUUUCGCAUGGAUUGGCCGAUCGUGUGGUCUAUCAUGGAAAGAGCUACCCAUGGUUUGUCUCUGACACGACCCAUGCCGACGUUCAAUGGCUCAUUAUUCGGCUCUGCCAAUUCGAUGACGUAAACGCAAAAUGGGCUGGAUUGCGUUGGCGCAAGCGAUACGAGAAGGACGAAAUCGCCUUCGAGGCGGACCCGUUUUGGACGUUGCCCCACGCUUUCUGCGAUAUGAAAGAGUACGCCCCAAGGCUCUACACGCAAUUCACCGAGUCGAGUCUUCUGGUUUUCAAGGGCGACCUGAACUACCGGAAGUUGACUGGUGAUCGCUACUGGCCGCAUGUCACCCCGUUCAAGGAGACGCUGCGUGGCUUCCAGCCCUGCCCUGUUUUGGCUCUCCGUGCCAUGAAAGCCCAGACGGCUGCUGGCCUGUGCGAUUCCGUCGUCCAGAGGAUGCGCACCGAAUUUGGACAGGAUUCGUAUGAAUGGCUGGUUACGGGUGAUUAUGCUUUGAUCCAAUAUGCUGAA